CUUAUUACAUUUUUGCAAAAAAUUUUGAUCAACAAAAUACAAAAAUUAUAGUUAUUUCUAAAAGUUUACUGUGCUUAAAUAAUACUAUUUAUAAAGGGGAUAACCAAGCCAUUUUUGAUACCAAGAUUAAA